AUGACGCGCGUCCGUCUCAGUUCCACGUCCACUCGCAGGAUUGUACGGGCACUUCUUCGGACGCGCAACGGACCAGAGCACUUUGAGAAAACGGUUGAAGCUGGGAGGGUGAAUUGCUGCAGGAGCCGAGGACUGGGUCCGUGCUACUUCUCAGAGCGAGUAAGGCAGAAGUUCGGGACUAGGCCUUGUCAGAUGGCGAGCUAG